UGUUUCCUUAAACUAUGGAACUACCACUUCUGAGGGAAUUGUCGAAGUAAAACUUGUAGACCAAGAUAAGAAAAUGUUCAUAUGUAAAAAAACUUGGACCAUUGUGGAGGCUAAUGUGGCCUGUCUUGACCUUGGAUUUCAACAAGGUGCUUUUGAGGUUCAAAAAAUUUUUGAAGUUCCUGAAGAUCUCCAUAUAAAUUCCACUGAAUGUCUGCAUGUGCAGUGUCAAGGAUUAGAGACUAGUUUGGCUGAAUGUACUUUUUUUAAGAGAAGAACUAAAAAUUCCCAGGAUUUAGCUGGUGUGGUGUGUUACACACAGAAUGCAGUUUUUUCAACAAACGACUCCUUUCAUUGUGUGAAUGGAAAAUAUAUUCCUCAAAGGAAAACCUGUAAUGGUGUCAAUGAUUGUGGAGACCAAAGUGAUGAGCUGUGCUGUAAAGGAUGCCGAGGCAAAAGUUUCCUUUGUAAAUCCGGUGUUUGUAUUCCAAACAAGUAUAAGUGCAAUGGUGAGAUGGACUGCAUUACAGGAGAAGAUGAAAUUGGUUGUAAAGAAAAAACAGAACUUUUGACUGCUAAUAUGAAUGCAGAAGAAACAGAAUUUUUGACUGCUAAUAUGAAUGCAGAAAGAAAAUGGAUAAAGUCACUUCUCCCUAAACUAUCGUGUGGAGUUAAACCCAGGCUGCCUGCUCGAAGGAAACGAGUUAUAGGAGGAAGGCCAGCAGAAGUGGGAGACUUCCCGUGGCAGGUGGCAAUUAAGGAAAAUGAGAAAAUCAACUGUGGAGGAAUUUAUAUUGGAGGCUGUUGGAUUCUAACUGCUGCACAUUGUGUCAGCAUCAGUAAAGUUCACCGUUACCAAAUAUGGACAUCAUUUCUACAUUGGUUAAGACCCGAGGAUGACAUAAUUGUUCAGCUAGCAAAACAAAUUAUUAUCCAUGAAAACUACAAUGGAAAAACCUAUGAAAAUGACAUAGCUUUGAUUGAAUUGAAAAGACGCCCAAACCAAAAAGAAUGUGUGCUACCUAAUUCUGUCCCUGCCUGUGUCCCCUGGUCUCCAUAUCUAUUCCAACCUAAUGACAGAUGCACUAUUUCUGGCUGGGGUCGAGAAAAAGCAUACGCUAGGAUUUCACUGAUGAAAAAUAUGGAUGCAGUCAGCAAAGACUGGAGAGGCUGGAAGACCGAAAGACCAAUUCUCAAGGGACUUGUAGUCCAGAGGAGGCAUCAGACGUGAAUGCUACUAUCAGACAGCAGAAUGGGACAGAUAACCAAAAAGUCUAUUCACUUCACUGGGGUGAAGUUAACCUGAUAGGCAACUGCUCCAGGU